ACAGCCGUCGCGCUUUACGGCAGCCCGUGUGUCCGUCUCCAGCAGCAGACAGAAGGGGAAUGCGUAUUGGGCUGCCCAGUGCAGAGUCCCUUGGAGGUGGAUCCUUUAAAGCUUUAGCUUUGACUUCGCUCCUGAGUGUGUUUAUGUUCCAGCUGCUGAGGACGGUUGGACUCAGGGCGUUCUCCAUGGCUUCUGAGACGUACACGUCAGGCACACACUCUGCUGCUUUCGUCAGCUGUCCCAACGACACCGUAGCUAAAGAUCUGGCCAGGGGGAUUGUGGAGAGGAAACUUGCUGCUUGUGUCAACAUUGUCCCGGCAAUCAAAUCGAUAUACGAAUGGCAGGGGAAGAUCCAGGAGGAUGAUGAGGUGCUGCUGAUGAUAAAGACGAGAAGUUCCAAGGUGCCUGCUCUGGCUGAGUACGUCCGCUCCAACCAUCCCUAUGAAGUGGCCGAGGUCAUCAGCCUGCCGAUCGACCAGGGCAACCCGCCGUACCUCAAGUGGAUCGGAGAGGUCGUUCCUGAAUCCUGAAGGAGCGCAGGCUGGAGGGGAUGGGGGCUCGGGGGGGCGAAUUGAUGGAUGUAAAAUUGAAUCUGAAACAAUGUGAAACACACAUCGAGCGCUACCAUCCAAAUCUGCUCUGGUGUCAUCCGCUGGUUUUCUUUAGAAAUUAAUAGAACUCGGGUUUUCUAAAGUGACAGCAAUGAUGUGAGGUUUCUUUCCCACGGUAUCUUUACCACUAGAGGGCGGCAUUCAUCCCUUGUUUAAACAGUUUCACAUCAAACUGCUUCAGCUUUUCCUUGUUUGACCUGGAAAUGUUGAAAGUGAACAGACAUUUGUUUAAUGUUGUUAUUUCAGUCGCAAUUUUGGAAAAUAAAGCAAAGGAAUUUUUUAUAA